AUGAGCAUUCAGCAGUAUCCCUCGUCGCCCUCGCCCUCGGUGGCCUUUCCGUCGAUGGAGCGGGGCGUGGCCAGCCUCUCGCUCUCGACGCCCCCGGCCUCGUCGCCGAAUGGCGUCCCGCGCUCCCCGGACGGCUCGCCGCUGCGGGUGCCCAUGCCGCGCUCCGGCAGCCGCGCCUACAAAUCGCCCUCGACCACGCCGUCGCGACAGGGCCCGCCCUCGCGCACCAUGGCCGUUCUGAUGCGCUCGGCCGCCAAGGUGCACCGCCUCGCCAUCGAGAGCAGGAUCAUCGACGCCGGCUUCGACAUCCUCGCCGAGCGCAGCGAGCACUGGUACACGCCCGAGGACGACGACUUCCUCGCCGAGUUCCUCGCCCGCGACGGCGCAUCGGCGCUGCACAAGUGGGUGCCCCGCCUCACCAACGGCUCCAUCUACGUGCUGGUCCUCGAGCGCGACGAUGCCGCAAAGGCCUGGCUCGACUUGCUGGGUUCCGAGGAUCAGGGUCACCGAGAUGGUGACGACGAAGACGAAGACGACGACGACGGCGGCAUCAUCGCCAACUUUGGCGCGGACGGCCUGCCCAUCGUCCGCAACGGCCUCCGCAAGACGUACGGCGCCGAUGCCUUCUACGGCUCCGCAAACGACGCGGCUGCCGAGGCCCAGAUCUCGAUCUGCUUCCCGGAGCUGUCGCGCCACGGCAACGGCGGCGAUGAUGCAGUCGAGCACAGCGACGACUACAUGCUGACCGGCAGGACCGGCAGCCCGACCGAGGAGAUGCAGCGCGCCAGGAGGGUGCUGCGCGACUCGGACGCGUCGCUCAACGCCCGCACCCGCGGCUGA